AUGGGCGUUCGAUGUCUUGCCUUGACUACGUUGCUUGCUUUUGCAUGCGCCCUGCCACCGGCGCAGUCACCUCUGAAUGAUCGAGAGCACAGUGAUGUUGUCGCUGCUGCCCAACGGCCGUUGUACGGGCGAUUUCUUCACAUGACAGACUUCCACCCUGACCCUUUCUACCAAGUUUACUCCUCCACAAACGAGGAUGCAGCGUGUCACAGGGGGCAAGGGCCUGCGGGCAUUUACGGUGCCGAGACAAGCGAAUGCGACAGUCCCAUUGCGCUUGUGAACAAGACUAUGGAGUGGGUGAAACACCAUCUACACGACAUCGACUUCGUAGUCUGGACCGGAGACUCCGCGCGGCAUGAUAAUGAUGAGGAAUUACCGCGCACUGCGGAUGCUGUUAUCAGCUCGAACGAGUUUAUGGUGCACAAGAUGUUGGACACUUUUCCAGGUAUUCCGAUCGUUCCUACCCUGGGCAACAACGAUAUCCUACCGCACAACGUCAUGGCGAAGGCUCCAAAUGUGUGGACACGAACAUACGCACGGGUGUGGAAGCAGUUCAUUCCGGAGUUCCAGAGGCAUCAGUUCGAGCAGGGUGGAUGGCAUUAUGUGGAGGUCAUUCCGAACCAGCUUGCUGUCUUCAGCAUGAACACGCUGUACUUUGUAAAGAACAACGCGGCCGUGGACGGGUGUGCCUCGCCUGAUGAGCCUGGCUACGAGCAGUUGGAAUGGCUUCGCGUGCAGCUGCAGCAGAUGCGCGAGCGCGGCGUGAAGGUGAUUCUCAUCGGACAUCAACCGCCCAUCAGGCAGGAAGCGAAGACUCUGUGGGACGAGACCUGUUGGCAGAAGUACACUUUGUGGCUCCGACAAUAUCGCGAUGUGAUCGUUACAAGCAUGUACGGCCACUUUAACUUCGACCACUUUCUCCUGCAGGACUUUGCCGACCUUGACGAAGACACGAAGCGAGGACGCAUGCACCAUAACGAGCCUGAGUUGCGCGGAGUUGACAACGACGAGGUACAUCCAAUGCUUUCGAGUGACUACUGGCUGCAACUGCGCGCUACAUGGUCGGAGCUGCCUGAACCGCCGCAGUCACUUCGUCUGGCCAUGGCUGAAAAUGAGCUUGGCUGGGAGACAGAUGACCAACUUACUGCGCUCACUAAGAAGGAAAAGAAGAGGCGAAAGAAAUAUCUUAAACACAUGGGAGGACCAUACGCUGAGCGAUUUGCCACGUCGUUCGUCUCCGCUAGUGUUGUGCCAAACUUGAUGCCAACUCUGAGAGUGUUCGAAUACAACAUUUCUGGCAUUGACCGACCGAAGCAGCAUCAUACAACAAUCUCACACCAUAGGCCCCAUACCCGGUCUCUGAGUAACAGCAAGGACAAGUUCACGGUUCCCGAGCCGCCGUCAAAGUCAGCGCCACCAGGACCAGCAUAUUCUCCGCAGACUCUCUCUCUCAUUAAGUACAUACAAUACUACGCUAAUCUCACGUACAUCAAUAACGACUUCCACGACGGCAAUAGGUCGGAGACGGAAGACCAGCUUGAGGACCUGAAGUGGGACGCGGGCAAGCACCAUGGCAAGAAACCUCACGACAGAGACUUCAAGCCGCAGCCGAACAAAUUCAAGUACAAAGUGCAGUACGAUACGCGAGAGGACGAUGUGUACCACCUCAAGGACUUAACCAUGCCGCGAAUCGUGGACUUGGCGAGGCGCAUAGGGGAAUUUGAGGCUGACAAUGACGGCGAAGAGUCCCUGGAUUCAUGGAGCAAGCAUGAAGACACCGAUCUCGACGCAGACAAGAAGAGUAAGAAGCAUAAGAAACGUCCUGGGAAGGCCGGCAAGCAUACGAAACGGAACGCGCCGUGGUACGCCUUCAUAAAGCGGGCGUUUGUGGGGACCAAGUCCAUACAAGAAAUAGAAGACGAGUUCGGCUAUUGA